AUGGCCGGUCCCGUCAGGCAGCUCAUUGACCUGGGUGCCCUAGAAAACUAUAUUGGGCAACACAACCUGGAAAUAACGCCACCGCUGGAUCUGAAGCAGUUUGGAUUUGGCCAGUCCAAUCCAACGUACCUACUCACAGAUGCGAAAUCCCGACGAUAUGUGCUUCGAAAAAAGCCACCAGGCGAGAUCAUUUCCAAAACGGCCCACCAGGUAGACCGCGAAUAUCGGAUCCUGCACGCCCUUGAGAAGACCGAGGUUCCAGUGCCCAAAGUCUAUCUUUUAUGCGAAGAUCCGACGGUAAUCGGCACCGCGUUCUACAUUAUGGAGUUCUUGGACGGCCGAUUUAUUACAGAUCCGUACAUGCCCGGAGUGACCGCUGAACAACGCCAGGAGAUGUGGCGGGAUGCAGUGAGAACUCUGGUCAAGCUGCAUACCCUCGACUAUAAUGCGGUCGGCUUAGGGGGGUUGGGUAAGAAUAAUAACUUCUAUGAUCGCCAGAUUCGAACUUUUACAGCAAUAGCCAAAAGCCAGUCAAGGGCAGUGAAUGUCAAAACGAAUCUACCCAUUGGUGACCUUCCACACCUGGAGGAAAUUGCGGGCUUUUUCAAGACGAAUCAGCCUAAAGAUCGCUCCACCAUCGUCCACGGGGACUUCAAGAUCGAUAAUAUCGUCUUUCACAAAACAGAGCCAAAGGUAAUCGGGGUGUUAGACUGGGAGAUGGCAACCAUCGGGCACCCUUUAUCGGAUAUUGUUAACCUUCUGUCCCCGAUUUUCCAAGAGUCUGGACCAGGUGCACCGGUACUCCGUGACCAGGCUAGGAAUUGUAUCCCAGGCCUUCCUAGUCUAGAGGAGUGUUUGAGGUGGUAUCACGAAUCAGGAUACGAGGCGAGGUCGGACCUCGACUGGGGUAUUGCAUUCGCUCACUUUCGAGGUUGUGUCAUCGCACAAGGGAUAACAGCACGAUACGUGACAGGCCAAUCCAAGAGCCCGGGCGCGAAAGAAUGGGCGGACAGCCUUGAAUCAAGAGCGCAGAUAAUGUGGGAAACGGUCAGUAAGCUGCGCGAGAGUUACAUCCGAGAGAAGAAGCUGUAA